GUAAAUGGGAAUUUUGAAGAAGACUAAAUUGGAGGAGAAAGUGAAGAGUGUUUCAACACAUUUCCGAAAUGGCAAUGGCUAUGCGCAUGAGAUCGGGGCUCCCUCUCCUCCGCCGGGCCCUCUUUGUUGAAUCUUCCUUCGCCACGGAGAGAUCUGUCGCCUCCACACCUGUUCUUUCUGGUUCCACCUUCACUGAGUUCACGAGGACCUAUGCUUCUGCACCUGCUUCGAAACAGCAGAAAGUGAAGGUUCCCGUGACAAUGUUUGGAGUUUCUGGAAACUACGCAUCGGCCUUAUACAUUGCAGCAGUUAAAGCAAAUGUACUUGACAAAGUUGAAUCUGAGCUUCUUACCCUUGUUGAGGCUUCAAAGAAAAGCCCUACUUUUGCCCAAUUCAUGAAGGAUGGUUCAGUAACUUCAGACACCAGAGUGAAGGCAAUAAAUGAUAUCUGCAGUCAAGCUAAAUUUUCAGAUAUCACAAAGAACUUCAUGGCUGUUGUUGCUGAAGCUGGGAGGCUGGGACAUGUGGGACGAAUGGUGCAAAGAUUCUCAGAGCUUACCAUGGCUCACAGAGGGGAAGUAAAAGUUACUGUGACAACUGUGAUUCCUUUGCCUCUGGAGGAAGAGAAAGAAUUAAUAGAGACAUUGCAGGAGAUACUUGGACAAGGGAAGAAGGUUAAAGUUGACCAGAAGAUCGAUAUCGGCAUUCUUGGUGGUCUUGUGGUAGAGUUUGACCAAAAAGUUUUUGACAUGUCAAUAAGGACUAGGGCACGCCAGAUGGAGCGCUUCUUGCGCCAACCGUCAAACCUGUAAACGGUUCAUGGGUUCAAUUUCAAAUGGCUUCCCUAAAAAUGGGAGAAAUAGAAGCAACUAUAAUUUUGAAUCGAAGAGAGAUCUCUUGCAAAUAAAUGGCACUCCUGUUUCAGAGUCUCUUCAGUCAUAUGAUAGGGACACUUUGAUGUUUAAGAAUAAGCUCCCUCGUAGUAAUUUUUUCAAUGACACAAUUGAUUACAUAUUGUCGUUGACUUGGAUAUCUGGAAUUUAUUUUUUCAAAGUAUGCAAAAAAAAGUAUGAUGAAAGCAAGAAAUGAAUUCAGCAGCAACAUCCCUUGCUGUUGAAGUUUCCCUCAGGAGAAACUUUAUAUCUUGUUAAGGAUGUAAUUACUUUGAUGCUAAUAUGUUUGAAGCUUUUAUUAUUGAUAAUGAACAUAAAUUUAUAGGUUGUGUCAUAGUA